AUGUUGUAUGCAACAUUGCUCUUAGAUGAGCAUGGAGAGGAAAAGAGGAGGAUGAGAUGGAUGGAGGGGACCGGGAUCUGGGUGCCUGUGAAGCCUACAUUCGUGGGCAGGUGGGAUGUUGCUGUCGAGGAGAAGCAUGGCGAUGCUGCCUGGGUGGCUGCUGCCCUGAGACACGAGAAUCAACUAGCACCCGCCUGACUUCAGAGGAGGCUCUUGCGGGAUAGGAGACAGGUUAGAGGCUCACCUGCUUCCCUCUAUUCUUCACAUCUGUUGUCUCUGAUGGGAAGCAAAGAACUCCUCACCCCACUUGGGACAGAUCUUCUCUCCUCCUAUUACAUGCUUAUAUUGUUGUUCUCUGUAGGAAAAGCUCCAGUAUGGUACAAUGUGACAUGCUUGCUUCUUUCAUCGGAUCCAUUGUGUCAAGAUCUCAUGGGCUAUUUGGCUGUCUACAAACUCUCCAUGGCUGCCGUAGCCUUCCACAUUCUCCUCUUCCUCUUGACCCUAGGAGUGAAGAAGAGCGGAAGUUGUCGAGGUGGGAUCCACAAUGGGUACUGGGGGAUCAAAAUCCUAUUUUUCGUGGGGCUCCUCUUCCUCUUCUUCCGUCUCCCAUUCCAUUCAAACAUGAAAUAUGUGACAUUUGCAUGGAUGGUUGCAUGUGCGGGGGGUGGACUGGGAUUCGUCUUUCUUCAGACUAUGCUCCUCAUUGAGUUCAUGAAUUCCCUCACCGACCGUUGCAUGGGUCGACUUCGUUGCUCCCCCUGCAUUGCCAACUUUGGUUCCCUGGUGUUGGGAGUGUUUAUAUAUGGAGUAGCAAUAUUGGGAGGAAUCCUGGAACUGAAAUACCUAGUACUUCCUCCCCAUUCCCAGUUCUCCUUCAUUGUGAUCUUGAGUCACAUAGCCCUGAUCCUCAUCCUUGGAUUCUUCUCUGUUCUCCCCUGCAGUGCCCACAGCACAGGAGGGAUGGGGUCAGGCCUAGUCCAGGCCUCUGCCAUCUCGCUCUACAUACUCUAUUUGACCUGGAAUGCCCUCGUGAGCAAACCUCAGGAAGAUGACUCCCCCCAGUCCUUGCCAACCGUCCUCAUGUCUUAUGCCGGGCUCAUCAUCAUGUUCCUCACCAUCAUCAACACUGUGCUGGACACAUCUUCGGGACGGGCCCGAUCUCUGGGCAUCGGGGGAGUCCCAGAUGAACGGAACACCACGCUCUGGUUCUGCUGCCUUCGUGCCUGCCUCAAACCAAAUUCCAGAGUAUCAGCAGCGGAAGAGGAAGACCAGAGAGCCCCACCGGCCAGGAAGGUCUCGUCGUACGGGCAGAGGAUGAUCCACGACGAGGCGAAGCAGAGUACCUACUCCUAUCCGCUCUUUCAUCUCCUUCUCAUCCUGGCCUACUUCUACGCGUCGGCUCAGCUCACCCAUUGGUUCCGGCCACGAGAAGCGGAACUGCUGCAUUUCAACCGAAACUGGACCAGCGUGUGGAUGAAAUUGAGCUCCGCCUGGAUCUGCGCGGUGGUGUUCACCUUCACCCUCCUCGCGCCGGAGGUGUGCGUGGGGAACCUGAAUCGACCUAGGUACCGGCAGCAGCUCAGUCGGUUGAGCGCGGCGGGGACACAGGAGACGCCCGUCUGAGUCCAUCCGAGCUCGGACGAGUCCGGAGGGCGUGCUGUGUCGUCGCCGGCCGGGAAUCUCCGUGAUGCGAUCGACCGAGUGGCUUCGUUUCCCGAAGAAGUUUCCUCGCGGUUUUACGAAAAUGACUAGAAGAUAAAAUGAGGAAUGUGCCUGGGAACAGGAAGCAGGGUGGGAUUUUCCUCGAAUUACCUGCUCCUUCAAUUCUUCCAAUUUCCACUCUCCCCUUCUUCGAGUUAUUCUUUUUAAAGUUUUCGACGUCGAAGCCACUUCACGGAUUUCCUAACGAAUCGAAAAUCUUUAUUUUAUUUUAUACUCAGACUCUACGGAGGAUUGCUCUUUUGCCAUGAACUCUUUAUGGGGUGGGCCAGCAUGAAAAAAAAAAAUAAGGAAAGAAAGUUGUAAAGACAGGCGUAGACAGAAGAAGCGUGUGAGGAGGGAGGGGGAGGAAUUAAUUAAUAUUCUCGAAUUCCCGCUCCCAGACACAAACCCAUUAUUAUUUAAAUAAACCAGUGCUUUCUGCGUGUGAUGUCGGUGGGAUGGACCCCCCGUUUUGCUGUGAUGCACUCAAGCUCAUUGAGGGAAUCGGUCCAUCAUGUGCUUCCCUUCCCGCUCGGGAUUCGCGAAUGGACGGAUUUUUCAGGCAAUGCUUUUUCUGCGUUCGAAGAGAAUCCGUCUUCCUCAUGGAUUCAAAUCUCUCAUGCUUCCACACUGCUUUUUUUUAAAUAGGGCUUUCACAUUCCCCCAAUUCGUUUUUAUACCCUAGUAUUGUCUGAAGUAUUAUGCUCGAUGUUAACCUGCUGGGGGAUGGGAAAUGCCCCUCAUUUUCAAUUUAUGAAGAAAUAUAUACCCUUUUGCAUUGAAUA